UUGUCAUUUACAACCAAAAACCUUCCCGCCAAAAUCGUCCAAAUCGCUAAAUCGUCUAACCGCCAAAUCCCAAAAUUCUAUCAUCUCCCACCUUUGUACAUACCCGUAUCCAAAGCAACCCCGCGAUAUGGUAUCGAAGGCCACUAUUAUUCUCGAACCAUUCUAACCUGCAAUCAGAAACAAGGGAAACGUCACGACAACUUUAGAGAAUACGCGGCCACGCCCUAUUCGAAGUACUGCUUUCUCUGCUUUCCCUCUGCUUCCUCCCUUCAUUCUCCUUGGCUCGCCUCUUCCCACUACUUAGGAUCCGACCUCGGCUUUCGACAUCUUAGAACCUCGACUCUAUUCUUCAAACCUAGAUUCUUUAGUGAUAUAAUCCUUUGAUUCGCUUGCAACAUCGACCCACGGCAUCUCUAUUUCUUUCACGCCAGUGUCACGAUUACGACUUCGAGUUCUCGACAUACAUGGUUUCUAGAACGAUAAAGGGAAUAAUAUGAGGAUACCGGCACCAUCCGCAGAUGAAAGGAUGGAGUCCGGACGACCUCAAUCUAGCCAGACUACGGUCUCGGUCAACUUCGACGAUGCCGACUCUUUAUCUCCCCAUCCGCGUAUCAAAUUCGGCGUCGCGGAGUGCAUCGAGACCAAAACGAUCACUACUACUACCACCACCAAGCGAUCCUACCCGCCGCUUCUUGUGAGAGAGUCCAAACCACUCUCGACUCUCGACGCCAAGGAAUAUCCCCUAGCCCAGAAGCCCACACCUCCCGAGUUAGCCAAAUUCACCUUCAAUAUUGCCCAUUAUGGCGGCGUAUCUUGGCCUGUUGAUGACGAUAUCGAGCAUCAGCGCCAACAAGAUGCCUCAUCUCAGUCUCAACAAUUCACUAGUAAUGAACCUAGUCAAGAGAUCAAGGUAGAACCAUCAUUGGAUGUUUCUCAUUCCCAAACCAGUCGGCGUGCACCGAAACCUCAUCUACAGUCAUCUUCACGCAGAAGCCAUAGGAUUGAAUCUCGAGCCGCUUCGCCUGUUGUUGGUGGAUCUGUUAAGAAGAGUUCGCAGAAGCAGUCGACACGGUCGUUUACCCCGAAUCUCCCGAAUGCGGUAUCCGACAAACUACGUCGCGCCUUGACAAACGGCUCCCGCAGGGAUGCUAUCAAAAACAAUACCAGCAGGGCCACGAGCGAUUUCCCGGUUACUCCCGACGCAUCUGAGUUGAUCCCCGGUAACGCGAACCGAUCUCUCAAGCUACGUAAUUCGAAUCUCGACUCAUUCGACACCCCGGAAUCGAAUAAUACCAGUCAAUCACAGUCCUUUUUUGAUAUCUCGAGUCCUUCUGGCAGCGAUUCGCAUACAGUCUUCAGCAGUAAUGUGGCUACUCCCCCCAUUACGGAUGCGGACGCAGAUGCGGAACCCUUCGCCGAUGCCGAUGCCGACGAGUCCCUCCAGCAGUCUAUUCGGGCUCUUCAUCACCCGCGACCCAUCAACACUCUUGCCGCUCAGGAUGCAAGCUUACCUAGUCCGCGCUUGUCUCCAACCUUGCAGGCUUCAAGGUUUCAUGAACUCGAACAGGACGAUGGGGACAACGUCGUGGAUGAGGAGGUAUCCCUCAUCUUCCAAGAUGAUAGCCAGAACACGAUGGACUACGAAUCUGGCCCGUCUUCUGCUGCCACCGACCCCCCAUCAAUGGUUGUUAGACGUUUCGAAGACGCCUCCCAAUCCUCUCAGCCGACAAUAUUGGACACCCGCUCGAUGCUGGAGACGUUCGAUGCCAUGCCCGUCGAGAUGAAAUCGUUCAUGAUGUACCAAUUUCUACGUAGAUGUUCCAGAAAAACGCUACAUGUUGUUGCUGACGUAGUCAACCCGGCGUUGAAAUGCGACAUCCUGAAAGAUUUACCCCUUGAACUGACCCUACAUAUCCUUUCCUACUUAGAUCUCCGUGAUCUCUGCCGCGCCGCCCAAGUUUCGAAGCAUUGGCGGGGCAUCAUCGACAGUAACGAGACCGGAUGGAAGGAACUCUUCGAUCGUGACGGCUUCACCUUAGCGCCCGGCGAACUUGACAGGGCUAUUAAAGAAGGAUGGGGUUGGCAAGAUCCAGUGGGACCUGAAGGUUGUGAGCGUGAUUAUAGUACCCAGGCUCGACUUACGUCUACCGAAUCUGAACUGAUCCGAUCCUCAAAACCCGACCCGCCUCCGCAAAAAUCGCGGACUUCAAAGCGUAAGAGAGCCUUGAAUAGCUUUGGAUCUGAGCGAUCGAAACGACGAGCCAGCGCACAGGAGAUGGUCAAAGAUGAGAAGACAUACACGGGCGAACGAGUCCACAAGUCCGAGGGACCCAUGUCUGCCGCCAACGCCGCUGUUCUAGCCGUUCCCGAUCCGCACAUCGGCCUUCCGAGCCUCAGGAAGCUCCACCUGUUUAAGUCGCUCUAUCGCCGCCAUUACAUGAUUCGCAAGAGCUGGACAAGUGGAAAGGUGAAGCCCAGUCACGUCGCAUUCGCGGCUCAUCCUCGCCACGUCAUUACCUGCCUGCAGUUCGACGAGGAUAAGAUUAUUACCGGGAGCGACGAUAUGCUUAUCCACGUCUACGACACCAAGACCGGCAAGCUCCGUCGCCGCCUGGAAGGUCACGAAGGUGGUGUAUGGGCCCUGCAGUACGAAGGGAACGUCUUGGUAUCUGGCUCAACGGAUCGCUCCGUUCGCGUAUGGGACAUCGAGAAGGGUCUUUGCACCCAAGUAUUUUAUGGUCACACUAGUACUGUAAGAUGUCUACAGAUUCUCAUGCCGACAGACACCGGGAAGGUGGAGAACGGGCAGUCUGUUAUGAUGCCGCCUAAGCCUCUUAUUAUCACGGGGUCUCGCGACAGCCAGCUACGGGUUUGGCGUCUGCCUGAAUCCGGGUCUAGGAGAUACAUACAAACCGGACCGCCGGCUAAUGAUGCCGACUGUCCUUACUUCAUCCGCACGCUUCAAGGUCACAACCACUCUGUCCGUGCUAUCGCUGCUCAUGCCGACACACUCGUCAGCGGAAGUUAUGAUAACACCGUUCGUGUGUGGCGUAUCAGCACGGGAGAGACAGUUCACGUUCUGCAAGGCCAUUCCCAGAAAGUGUACAGCGUCGUACUAGACGUCGCUCGUAACCGAUGCAUUUCCGGUAGUAUGGAUAGCUUCGUGAAGAUUUGGGAUCUUGAAACCGGGUCGUGUAUGCACACUCUCGAAGGACAUUCGUUGCUUGUCGGGUUGCUUGACCUUCGCGACGAACGCCUCGUCUCGGCGGCGGCGGAUAGCACUCUUCGUAUUUGGGACCCCGAGAGCGGGCGAUGCCAGUCGACGCUGACAGCCCAUACCGGUGCGAUUACUUGUUUCCAACAUGACGGGCGAAAGGUUAUUAGUGGUAGCGACCGAACCCUCAAGAUGUGGGACAUCCGCACAGGCGAAUGCAUCCAAGACCUUCUCACGGACCUUAGUGGGGUCUGGCAGGUCAGGUUUGAUGAACGCCGAUGUGUCGCGGCUGUCCAGCGAGACAACUUGACAUAUGUCGAGAUUCUUGACUUCGGUGCAGUCCGUGACGGCAAAUCUCCCGAGGAACUUGGCAAGCGUAUUCUCCUGAAUGCCCCCGAGGUCCAGCGAAUUAUAGACGAAGACAAUUAAGCGACCCGAGUGGACGUGAGUUGAUUUCGACGAUUGCGGCGUGGCUCGAUUCGAAGCGCUCACUCUCAUAUCCGCUCAACUAAACCGCAAAGACAUCGAGAAGGGGUUUACUCUGCAGCUUGAGGCUGCUGCCCAUUACUAUACCAUGAGCAUAUGAUAAUAUGCUACUACGAGGCGAAGCAUGAGACGAUAUGCGCAAUUACCAUCCCAUAUUCUAUACUCAGUAUAGGACAGACAUUCCAUACCUACCUAGUCUUUCACAUUAUAAGUGUCUACGAGGACCACAUUCAUCCGUGAGAACGUUGCUAGUGUAGCAACCUUUUCUAAUUUUUUGCCACCGCUGGCCGAAGCUUUUUUUUUAGGACGAAAAUGACGACAUUCAACUAUUCAUGGGAAUAUGUUGAGACGGUGCAUAUGUCACACAAAUGCCCGUCAUCGGCCGUGCAACUGAGGGCGUAUGGUCGCCGGCUGCUAAUAAUUCAUUCAUGGCUCUUGGACGAGCUCGAGCAACGGAGAAUUUGGGGAGGGGCAUUGUCAAGUUUAAUUUGAACAUGAGCUCCGCAAAUGUGAGAAUGCACUUCCAUUAAGUUAGCAUCGAUCAAGGUCGAGGGGAGGCGUUCAAGGCAUUACACAUGGUGGGCGUUCAUGUACCCGAGAGAAAGCAUUGUAAGGCGUAAUGGGCACUUUGUCGGCAUAAACAAGCACAUAGCACAUUGAUGAGAUUAAUCAAAA